GCGAGUGGCCAAUGCAGAGAGCAUGGCCAGCAGGAAGGCGGGGACCCGCGGCAAGCCCGGGGCCACCAAGCAGGCCCAGCGUGGCUCCUCCAACGUCUUCUCCAUGUUCGAGCAAGCCCAGAUCCAGGAGUUCAAGGAAGCCUUCAGCUGCAUCGACCAGAACCGUGAUGGCGUCAUCUGCAAAUCGGACCUGAGGGAGACCUACUCCCAGCUGGGGAAGGUGAGUGUGCCGGAUGAGGAGCUGGAGGCCAUGCUGCAGGAGGGGAAGGGCCCCAUCAACUUCACCGUCUUCCUCACUCUCUUCGGGGAGAAGCUCAACGGCACGGACCCUGAAGAAGUCAUCCUGAGUGCCUUCCGCAUGUUUGACCCCAGUGGCAAGGGGGUGGUGAACAAGGAUGAGUUCAAGCAGCUUCUCCUGACGCAGGCAGACAAGUUCUCUCCCGCUGAGGUGGAGCAGAUGUUUGCGCUGACGCCCAUGGACCUGGCUGGGAACAUCGACUACAAGUCUCUGUGCUACAUCGUCACCCACGGGGAUGAGAAGGAGGAGUGAGGGGCGAGGGGCUCAAUAAAC